AUGCCCAUUUGCGGGGGGUGGUGUGUUGUUAUCGGAUGGGUGCUCUGCUGGUGGGGAUGGUGCUCGCGGAUUGGGCAGAUUGGCCUGCCCGAAGGAGAGUCGCAUGGUUGGUGCGACUGUCGGGGCUGCUCAGCCUUCACUCUGAGCCAGGCCGACCCUGCCGACGAGCCUCAUCUUCUUGGUCUUUUCCUUCAUACAAUUACAAUCCCACUGCCAGCACACCCACACACCACAACCAACAACCAACCAACUAACACCCUCACUCCUCUUCUUGACCAUCCCCGCCAGCCGACACCAUUCCGCCCCUCUUCGUCGUCCUCCUCACCAACCUCAUCCUCACCCCCUUCCUCACCGCCUUCAUCACCCCACACCUGCUCCACCCCCCACCCAAGGCCCGCUGCGAUGACGAAGAGGCUGAAGAUCAUGAUUGGCCCUAACCGCCAGCAGAUGGAAAUCGCACACGUCAACGACUCCGCACAGCCAACCAUCAUCAACUCCGAAUACUUCGUCGGCCGCGUCCUCAUCAAGAUCAGGGACUUCGAAGGCAUCACUCACGACGGCUCCCCCCCCAUCCGCAACCACGUCUACUUCGACGGCCGCAGCCGCAAGUUCGACAUCCAGAUCGAAGGCCGCUUCAAGAAACGCGACGGCGUCCAACUCUACUCGGGCGAGGAAAUCCACUUCGGCAGUGACUUCGACCACAUCGUCGACUUCCCCAAGAGCGCCUUCAAUGCCGGCAUGCGGGUCGCCCGCUGGAUCGACCCCAACGUCUUCUACGACCUCACCCCACCCAGCGAGCGCCCGUUCAUCAUGAGCCCCUAUCUGGCCUGCAUGAACACACUCUGUGCAUGGCCCUGCCCAGACCGGCUGAGCGACGCCCUCGUCUGUCUGCGCCAGUCGGACCGCGAGGACGACCACCACAACACCCUGGACAGCGAGGCGGACGACAUGGUGCCCAUGGAGCAGGUCGACCCGGCAGAGCUCGGCGCCACCGCCGGCAAGAAGAAGAUCGGCCGCCACCCCAGGCGCUACUGGCGAUUCAUCGGCCUCAAAUCCGACCACGCCCGGAUCGAUGCCUUCAUCGCCAAGAACAGCCAUCUGCUCGCCCAGCCCCUCCACCAGCAAGACUCUCUCCUUGAAGGCCCUCAACCCCCCACUCUCGCCGACAAUCUGGCCACCGGCCAGACCACCGACAACGAGGACGACGAAUUCGACGACGCAGAUGCACUCUCCUGCCGCGCCCCGUCCUCCUACGCCACCUAUUCGACCGCCAUCGAGGGGAUGAACGACAGCCGCCCCGCGCUGAACUCGGCCUCCUCCUACCGCUUCUCGCCCCGGCGCAUCUUCCCCCGCCACCAGAUCAGUCUGGGCGCGGGGAUGCGCGACCUGUACCAGGAUGCGGAGAUCGAAGCCAACGAGCGGGAGGGCGAGGCGCAGGCGCACCGGAUGAUCGAGAUCAACGGCGAGGACGACUCGAUGCCCGCCCAGAGACCCUCCCCCGGGCCGCCGAGCCCCAGCGGGGCGCAGGAGAGCGAAGAGGCGCUCAAGAAGAGCAGCAACAAAGUCAAGCAUGGGCUCAAGAAACUCAAGAUCGCCUUCAAGAAAAUCACCCCCAGCCUGUCCUCCUCCGCCGCCGUCUCAGCCACCUCAGCCACACCCUCUCCCUCCACCAACACGCCCAGCAAACGCAAGUCCUACUCCACCGCCUUCUCGACCAAGACGCGCAGCGACACUCUCGGAAGUCCGGUGCCCAGCACCACCGUCUCGCGCGCGGCUUCCCGGAGACUUCCCCCCGGACCGCUUGUCAGGGACAGCUCGCAGACGCUAAGGACCGACUCGCGCUCGACAGAGACGGUCAAGAAUCUGGGCCGGAGCUGCUCGCUCAUGCCCCGCCCGCAAUCCCACUACCACCCCGCGUCCACCGUCCUCCCAGACGUGUCCGUCGACGAACAGCAGCAGCAGCAGCAGCAGCAGGGAAAGGCCCGGAGCACGUCCCUCGACCACACCCGCUCGUUCGACUUUGCAUCCACCAUGGCCGGGCUCAAGAUGCAGAGCACCGAGUCCAGCCUGUUCACCAUCCACCAGGCCGCUGCCGCCUCUUCCUCCUCCUCCUCCUCCUCCCCGGGCCAAAGACACCGCCAGGAGCCCGCGCACGAGAACGGCAGUCCGCGGCAGGGCUCGUCGGGCCGCCUGUCGAUGGUCAAGUCGGACAAGGAAGCCUCCACCCGGCUCUCCUCGCCGUCCACCGCCAGCCACUCGCGCUCCACCCGGACCAGCGCCACCUCGUGCAGCGACGUGGACGAGCAGUCGGCACAGACUGUGCCCGGCGAGAGCCGGUUCACCGAGCUCGCCUCCCACGGCAGCCAGGACGCGCGGGAGCCCGAGCCGCCCGGCCUGAGCAGCAGCCCCACUGCCGCCAGCGCCCAGCUUGCCGGCUCGCCCGCCCCCAGCUCCAGCAGCCACACCCCCGUCGGCCACUCGCGCGCCUCCUUCCUCGGCCCCGACGAGCCCGCCACCACCACCACCACCCCGCUCGAGGAGCCCGCCGCCCUCGUGCCGGCUGCGGCUGCCCAGACGUCGUCCCCCACUCUCGCCAGCCCCUCCCAGACUGAGAUCGACGAGGCGCCGGUGCUCGAGGACGUCGAAGUCGGCGACCUCAUGUUUGCAAACAUGCUCAACCUCGCCCCCGACACCACCACCACCACCACCGCCUCCGCUGCUGCUGCUGCUAGUCAGGACCCUGUGCAGGAGCUGCUGGGCCCGUGGCGGUUCAAGAACCCCACCACCGACAUCCUCGAGGACAACACGUUCGUGUUCCUCGACAAGAGCGUCAAUGUCCAGAAGCGGCGGAAGCACUUCUCCGAGAGCGGCGGCAAGCACCGCAAAGCGUUCGUCUACGACCCCGACGUGGUCUAUGCCACCUCGUUCUUCUCGCCCUUCAUGGACUUCAACACCUUCGACCUCGCCAUCGGCCCCGUCAAGAUCAACGUCGCCAAGGUCUUCGGCGACAUGCCCGUCCGCUACACCCUCCGCUCCACCCGCAUCGACGCCCAGAACAACGUCGAGGAAGAGAUCUUCGUCACUAUCUCCUUCGAGCUCGUCGACGCUUAG